AUGGACGCAGAAAACCUCACUGUUCUGUCUGGCUUCAUCCUCUUGGGUUUCUCUGAUGCUCCAGAGCUACAAACCACCAUAUUCACAAUUUUCUUAUCCCUGUAUGUCUUAAUGGUGCUGGGGAACCUGAUGAUGAUCCUGCUCAUCAAUGCCGACCCCCAGCUCCACACUCCCAUGUAUUUCUUCCUGACCCACUUAUCUUUCAUGGAUUUUUGCCUUUCCUCAUCUGUCGUCCCAAAGGCUCUGGAAACCUUCCUGCUGGGCAGAAGUCAUAUUUCUUUUUUGGGUUGCUUUGCCCAGGUGUACUUUUUCCUUGCUCUGAUUGUCUGUGAGUGUUUCCUCCUGGGAGUGAUGGCUUAUGACCGAUACAUGGCUGUGUGCAAGCCGCUGCUUUAUGUCACCAUCAUGUCCAGGGCAUGUCGCUAUGGCUUAAUGGUCCUGGUGUACACCAUGGGCUUCCUCAGCUCCCUGGUCCACACCGUCCUGGCGGGGAGGUUGUCCUUCUGCCGGGACAGGAGCAUCAACCACUUCUUCUGUGAGCUGCCCACUCUCCUGCAGCUCUCCUGCUCUGAUGCCCACGCAAAUGAGAUCUUGCAGGUUUGUGAUGCUGGGCUGAAUAUUGUGGGCUCGAUCCUGGUGAUCCUAGUUUCCUACACCUACAUCCUCCGCACCAUCUUGCAAAUCCCUUUGGCCAGGAGGAGGCUUAAAGCUUUCUCUACCUGCGCCUCCCACCUGGUUGCCGUCACCAUCUUCUACGGUCCAGGGAUGCUCGCCUAUGUCCAGCCUUGCAAGGCAUACGCCUGGGAUCAGGCAAUGCUGGUUUCAGCAUGUUACACCCUCCUGACCCCCACCCUCAACCCCCUCAUCUACAGCCUGAGGAACAAGGAGGUGAAGGGGGCCCUGAGGAGGCUGUGGGUGCGAAAGCUGGUGCCACAUCUAUCCGGGCUUUGA